UUCUAGCUCACCACCGAUCGCAUUUCAAUUGAAUGGUUGUGAGAAAACCACAGCACCACUGCGAAACGAAAUCAAACCCACUUCAGAAUUUCACUUGCUUUUGAUUAAGCACUUCCACCAAAAGCUGCAGAAUUAUCCAUAUUUAUCUGGCUUCUGCUUUUCAAUCUGGAGUUCAGGUAUGUCCCCAUCUCUUGCAGUAGCUGGGAAAUCUGUAAAAAUGCAAACUUUGCUGGAAAUUAUAUAAUUUCAGAGGCAUUUCAAGUCUGGGUUGUUAUAGUUUCUUGUAAGUAUCUGGAAAAAUGCAAGCUUUAAUCACUUGGGAAGUACCCCAGGUAGGAUUUGGACCUGGUUCUUCUUGUAAAUUUAGAACUAGAAGUAGGAGGAAAAAGAUUGGAGUUGUUGGUUUUCCUGUUUGUAAUGUUGGAAAUGGUGAUGUUUUACUUGGGAGUGAGGGUUUCAAUGGAAGCCGAAAAUUUGGUUUCGGAUGUGGGUGCUUCUCUGGGCACUCUAGACUUAAACUUGCUCGGUUUUGUGAGCCGAAGAAGGGUUCGUUUGGCGGUUCGUUUGUGGUAGCAUGGGCAUUGGAGGAGCAAGCAAUUGGGAAUGAGGUUCUUGUGGAGGAAGAGACAUCGGAAAAUAGGUUGUCGGGUGAAUGCGAGGGUGAGGGUGUUGUUGAUCAUCGAAAUGUGGAUGGAAGGAAGGGCUGUGAUGGUAAUGAUGAUGAUGAAAUAGGUAUAGGAGGUCAAGGAGAGAAUUGGGAACAGAGAAAUGAAAAGAUUGACGUGCGUGCGCUGGCGCUAAGCUUACAGUUUGCGAAAACAGCUGAUGAUGUUGAAGAGGUUCUGAAGGACACGGGUGAUUUGCCCCUCCAAGUAUUCUCAUCCAUUAUCAGGGGUUUCGGAAGAGACAGAUUGAUGGAUUCCGCUUUUGCUACUGUCGAGUGGCUUAAGAGAAAGAAGGAAGAAACUAAUGGUUUCAUUACCCCAAACUUAUUCAUAUAUAACAGUCUUUUGGGUGCAGUGAAGCAAUCUGGACAAUUUGGAGUAAUUGACAGAGUAUUGAGCGAUAUGACUAGGGAAGGGGUGGUACCGAAUGUUGUAACUUACAACACUAAAAUGGCUAUUUACAUUGAACGGGGACAAAGUAUGGAGGCCCUUCAUGUCCUUGAGGAGAUUCAAGAGAAGGGCCUGAUUCCGUCUUCAGUAUCGUACUCCACAGCAUUGUUGGCUUAUCAACGAAUGCAAGAUGGGAAUGGAGCUUUAAAGUUCUUUGUUGAGUUUAGAGAAAAUUAUCGUAAAGGUCAUAUAGGUAUAGAUGCUGAUGUAGACUGGGAAGAGGAGUUUGUGAAGCUUGAGAACUUUACAAAACGCGUUUGCUACCAAGUGAUGCGAAGGUGGCUUGUGAGGGAUGAUAACUUAACCACCAAUGUGCUCAUACUGCUAACAGAGAUGGAUAUUGCUGGGGUUCCACUUGGGAGGGCAGAGCACGAGCGCCUUUUGUGGGCUUGCACCCGCGAAGAACAUUAUAUUGUAGCAAAAGAUUUGUAUAGUAGGAUAAGAGAAAAGCAUUCUGACAUAAGUUUAGCCGUGUGUAACCAUACGAUUUGGUUGAUGGGGAAGGCUAAGAAAUGGUGGGCAGCUUUGGAGAUUUAUGAGGAUAUGUUGGACAAGGGGCCGCAGCCAAAUAACAUGUCGUAUGAAUUGAUAGUAUCUCACUUUAAUGUCCUUCUAAGUGCAGCUAGAAAGAGAGCGAUUUGGAAAUGGGGUGUCAGGUUGCUCAACAAGAUGGAAGAGAAAGGGCUUAAACCAAGAAGUAAGGAAUGGAAUGCGGUUCUUGUUGCCUGUUCCAAGGCUGCUGAAACCUCUGCGGCUGUCAAAAUUUUUAAGAGAAUGGUGGAGCAAGGCCAGAAACCCACAAUCCUUUCUUACGGGGCAUUGCUUAGUGCCCUCGAGAAGGGUAAGCGCUAUGAUGAGGCCCGUCAGGUGUGGGAACAUAUGCUUAAGGUUGGUCUGAAGCCAAACUUGUAUGCCUACACAACUAUGGCUUCGAUUUUCAGUGGCCAUGGAAAACCUAACAUGGUAGAAACCAUCAUUGAUGACAUGGUUUCAGCAGGCAUUGAGCCAACUGUUGUCACAUACAAUGCCAUUAUCAGUGGGUUUGCAAGAAACGGUUUUAGCAGUGCUGCAUACGAUUGGUUUGACCGCAUGAAAGCUCAGAACAUCCCUCCAAACCAUGUCACAUACGAAAUGAUGAUUGAGGCUCUCGCAAAGGAAGGGAAGCCAAGGCUUGCAUAUGAGCUAUAUUUGAGAGCUCGAACUCAACGCCUUGCCCUCUCUUCAAAAGCUUAUGACACAGUGGUUCAGUCCUCACUGGAAUCCAGAGCUAACAUUGAUGUAAGACUUUUAGGGGAACGGCCACCGGAGAGAAAGGUGAACGGGCAAGGUAGGAACACUUCCAGACAAGUUUCUUAAAACUUCAGAAGUUUCACAACUCAAGAGAUGCAAAAACAUCUGAUAACGAAUAAAAUACGCUGUAAAGACACAAAACAACCAGGUAUUCGUUACUACGAAGUAUGAACUUUCCGUUGAUUUUUGUUCAUUCGUCUCUGUAUACUUCCCAUGAUUACAUUGUAACAAAUACAUUCAUCUCGUAUAAAUUCAGUCCGAUUUCUGCUUA